UACAUUUUCCAAUCAAGCAUAAAAAAUUCACAUCUUUUUCUCUUUGAUAUGGAUACCCAGCCUCAUAUAUUCUUCUUCCCAUUUAUGGGACAUGGCCACAUGAUUCCAACCAUAGAAAUGGCCAAACUGUUUGCUUCUCGAGGAUGCAGAGCAACCAUUAUAUCCACACCUGCAAACGCAUCCAACAUCAUCAAAUCAAUUGAAAGAAGCAGACAGUUGGGUUUGGACAUCGGAGUUGUUCUUAUUAAAUUUCCCACUAAGGAGGUUGGAUUGCCUGAAGGAUGUGAGAACACCAAUUCUCUAACAACAAAAGAGAUGAUGGACAAGUUUUUGGUUGCCACCACCAUGCUUGAUCAACCACUUGAAGAGCUCCUUUUUGAACAUCGUCCAACUUGCCUUGUUGCUGAUGUUUUCUUCCCAUGGGCUAAUCAAAUUGCAGCAAAAUUUGGGAUUCCCAGGUUUGUAUUCAAUGGAACAAGCUUUUUUGCUCUUUGUGCUUAUGCAAGUUUGCUUCAGGAAGAACCUCAGAAGAAGGUAUCGUCAGAUUUAGAACCAUUUGCCAUUCCUAAUUUACCAGACGAGAUAUUCACUACCAGGCAACAACUUCCAGAUCACAUGAAGGAAGAAUCAGAGCUUAGUGCUUUCGCUAGAAAAGUUGAAGAAUCAGAGCUUACUAGCUCUGGUAUUAUUGUGAAUAGCUACUAUGAACUUGAACCAGCUUAUGCUGAUCAUUACAGAAACUUCCUUGGAAUGAAAGCUUGGCAUAUUGGCCCAACUUUUCUAUGCAGCAAAGAUAAGGCACCGAGAGGAAAAGACUCCAUUGAUGAACAUGAGUGUUUGAAGUGGCUUGAUUCUAAAAAACCUAAUUCGGUUGUUUAUGUAUGUUUUGGAAGUGUGGCAAACUUUGACGAUGCUCAGCUAAUGGAGAUAGCGAUGGGUCUUGAGGCUUGCGGGAAGGAAUUCAUUUGGGUUGUAAAGAAAGAAAAGCGUGAAGAAGGGAGAGAAGAAGAGUGGUUGCCUGAAGGGUAUGAGAAGAGAAUGGAAGGAAAGGGACUGAUCAUAAGAGGUUGGGCACCCCAAAUGCUGAUCCUUCAACACGAAGCAGUGGGAGGAUUCGUAAGCCAUUGUGGAUGGAACUCAACUCUGGAAGGUAUUAGUGCAGGGUUGCCAAUGGUCACAUGGCCAGUCUCGGCCGAGCAGUUUUACAAUGAGAAACUGAUCACUCAAUUACUUGGAAUCGGAUUUGAUGUUGGUAAUCAGCGAUGGAGUAUGUUUAUGGGUGAUUGUGUAAAGAGGGAAGCCAUAGCCAAGGCUGUGAGUAGGAUUAUGGAAGGUGAGGAAGCAGAGGAAAUGAGAAGCAGAGCCAAAGCACUUCGGGUACUGGCAUGUGAGGCAGUGGAGGAAGGUGGAUCUUCUUAUACCGAUUUAAGUGCCUUAAUUGAAGAAUUGAAACUCCAUAGCACAGGAUCUGUUUCAAACAAGGACUCACUACCAUAAUUAUGCUUUUCAAGUUUUUUGGAAAAAAAUUGUUUGGACAAUUUACAAUUGAAUGAUUGACUGUAGAUGCAAAACUGGAUUAGACCAGACUGCACUUUUUUAAAUUCCAUACGAAUCAAGUUGUGCUAUUUAAAUUUUUUUUUUUUUUUGAUAAAGAGUUGUGCUAUUUAAAUUUAGUUCAAUAUGGUUGGAUAAGACUUUAAAUAAUUCAGUUCAAUUAAGUUCAGUUUUCUGUUUCAAAGUGUCCUGUAAGUAUUCAAAAAAGUGUAUUAAUGUAAUAUUGUACUGAAUAUUUUGAUUUUCAUGCAUAUGAAAAAAGGUGUUGAUUUUGUCAUAGA